AUGACGACCAAUCGGAUGCCGUUUACUCUUCAGCGACGUGAAGAAAUAGUGUCCGGAGUUCUCGUCACUUUCAUCUUGGAGCAAAAGAUCAAGAAGGAUAUCCAAUUCCACGUAUGGUACAACGAUGUUCCCCAUGAGAAUCCUAGUGCCCAAUCAAGUCCGACUGGAACUGCAUCGCCCAGAGGCAAAGCUGAACCAACUGAUGUUGGACGGAUAACAUCGAAAUCACGUCAGCUCUCCGAAGAGGUGACAAGAAGCGACCAUCAUCUUGAAACGAUAGGUACAACAUCGCCUGAGCCUGCAGACACAAAGGACGGAAGUAGUCAUACUGAUGUUCUUACAAGUCCUAGCCCUUUGACUCCACCAUCGAAAGAGUCAUCGUCAUGUGAACAUGCCUACCAAGUCACACAUGAUUUGGUAACAGAGACAGGAGCAAUUGCUUCAACAUCAUGUACUAUGCACGUCCAUACAUUAGAGGCUUCAGCAGAGGGGACAAUGGGAGUGUUAGCCCCACCAGCAACUGUGGCAAACAUUGUCCAAGAAUUCGUUCAAGGGCUUUCAGCAGAUCGAAAGAUGCACCAUCGUUCUGGGAACGUCUAUAUCAACAUCCAAGAGAAUGUCAUCAACAACCCCCAAGGGAAUAAUCCUCAAGAAAAUACUGUGGCUCCUGUUGCAAUUGUUUCUGUAGUACCUCCUAGGCUACAGCAUGAGCUGCGUUGUCGGUUGAACAGAGAAAGCCCAGUUUUUGGUGACUGGAGGGGUCUUGCCGAUCAGCUUGGACUUGAAGAAUACAUAAAACAUCUUGAGCAGUGCAAGAAUCCGACUGAAGAACUACUCGAACUUGCUGAGAGUAAAAAGAAGAUUCAGAACCUUGGGGACUUGGCCAAGGCGUUCGAACGCAUGAAUCGUGGGGAUUGCCAAGAGCUCUGCGAGAACUAUGCGUUUGAGAAAACAAAGUCAGCUAAUCCUCGGAAAGAUCAGAUGGAAGAUGAUGACACAGACACCAGUGAUUAGGGAACAGACUUAAUAUGUUCCAUAUCACCCUUUAAUUCAUGGUCUAUGGCUCGUUAUUCAGAAAACCUAUGAACAUAGCACUAUAAUUACGGAUGUUGUAAUCCACCAAGUAACCGUCAUUUGGUUUUAACAAACCAAAUCAUUAGAUUAGAUAAUUAGCUCGAAACAAAAUAUAGGUAUACUGUCAGGUCAGUAUUCUCCUAAUUCAUUUAUAUCCUAUCCAGGGUCUUAAAUCAUGUUUGAAAGAAAACCUAAAUCUCAGUCCAAUUUUCUUUUUUAAACCACUUUUUUGACAAAAGUCUAAAUCCAGCGUCGGGUUUGAAUAUUAGAACAAUUCGGGCCUAUAAAAUUGACCAAAAAUUGGAAAGAAUUGUUUGUUGGGUAAAUUAUUACUACCCAAUAUUGCAUAAACCUAUUAUACCCAUUAGUGUGUAAACGUUUACCCUCUUGUUAUAUGCCUCGCUGCAUCAAGAAAGUAUACAUUGCUUGCUUUUACAGGAACGAAGAAGUGAGAUUCAC